AUGGGCGGUGCUAGCCGGGCGUACGCUGGCGGCGCACUGGGCCGCAAACUUCUUGGUGACCAGCCGUCAUUGCUCGGGUUCAGGUUCCCCGUGCUGGUGGGUGUCUGCACCGGGGGCCUCGUCGUCGGCGGCCUCCUCUUGAUCCUCUUCCUAGUUUGUUCUAGCUGCAGAUCCAAGAGGCCACAAUGGAGCCGUAUGCGAUUGAAGCACGCGUCUGGCGUAACACCGGCCGUCACCAAGGAGAUCGCCGUGCUGAAGACAGGAAACGGUGAGAUCGACGCCGCCAAGAGGUUCUCCGGGGAAGUCCUGGGAGAGAAGGAGAACGGUUUGAGCUUGGUUGGUGACCGGAGUUCGGAGAAGGGAAGCAAGGUGGCGUCGGGUGGAUCGCCUUCAGUCGCGUCCACGUCAUCGGCAGAGAUGAUGAGCAACAUAGGCUGGGGACGCUGGUACACGCUGGCGGAGCUGGAGGCGGCAACAGGAUGUUUCAGAAGAGAGAACGUUGUGGGGGAGGGGGGCUAUGGUAUUGUCUACAAGGGAAUCCUCCCGGAUUCCUCCGUGGUCGCUGUAAAGAAUCUACUCGACAACAGGUUUGUAAAAUCAUCAAAAACGAUGUGUGUUCUUUUUUUUUAUUUACGCAUUAUUGGAAGGCUAUGGGAGCUUCCCAUUUUCAGUUCAUGCUUUGUGUCUGAUUCUUGUGCGAUUUCGAUGUUUUAACUGUUAAUCUGGACAUGUUAGAACGGAGAAAGCGGACGUGAGAACUAAGAUUGAUGACUGCAGGGAGUUGAAUCGUUUUUCUUGCGUUCGGUUUGGAUAAAAUAGCCCAAUUAUGUAUCAUAAAUUUAAGUAUUCCUCGAUACAAAAUGCUACAUAAUAUAACUUAUCCCGCCGAAUAAAUAGGAAAACUAUAUGCGAGAUCAUUCGCCUGGCAUGACGUCAUAUUCAACUUGACACGUCCGGCUUGUUUUUUUUCCUUUUCUAAGAAUGAUAUCCUGUCAACCGAACAGAUCUACCAUCGAGAUUAGUUCUUAUUUAUUUCACAGUUUUUUUUAGAGUAUAUCAAUUCUCAGGGAUCUUCUCAGCUCAUACGUCUUGAAGUUCUUAUUCGUCAUUGCCAGAGAUUGCCGUCCUGGUAUUUUUUUUCUGUUUAGAACUCUUUCGGACGUUUUCUUCCUUCUUUGUCACCAUCUAGAUCGAAGGCUUUCCUUUUUUAGCGCUUGAAAGCGAUGUUGGAAGUCAUUCUUUCACGAUCUGAUGUGAUUUCCAUUUUAGGAGCAGUCAGAUCUAGAAUGGAGUUAUGUAGUCCUAUCAGUCAUUGUGCUGUAGAGGAUCCCCGUUUCGAAGAAAGCAGAAAUUUCUAUCAGUGUCUUCACUCGUACGCAUCACUUUCUAGAAUAUUAUUGGCACUAUGCAAUAUAAAAUUGAGCCUCGGUGCCAGCUCAUUAAAAUCAUUUUAUUUUUUUUCAGACACUAGCGAUUGCGUAUAGUUUCACUUUCUACGCCAUCCCGCUUCGUUUCUACCACAUAUGUAGGAUUUAUGAAAUAUGAAUUACCCAUUCUUGAACGAUCAUUCAUGCUGCAGGGGUCAAGCAGAAAAGGAAUUCAAGGUAGAGGUUGAAGCAAUCGGCAAGGUGAGGCAUAAGAAUCUGGUGGGGCUUGUGGGCUACUGUGCAGAAGGACGUCAAAGGUAGAACUCAUUUAUACUAGCUGUAUGGUGGAAAUGAUUUUAUUUUUUUUUGUAACUCAUUUUUAAACCUUUUUUCUUUCCACUCAGGAUGCUUGUGUACGAGUUCAUUGAUAAUGGUAAUCUGGAGCAAUGGCUGCAUGGAGAUGUGGGACCCGUCAGCCCUUUGACUUGGGAUGUUAGAAUGAAAAUUGCCAUUGGAACUGCCAAAGGGUAUGUUUCUUCCUCUUCGUCAAGUUAUCAAAAGGGCAAAUCUGACGUAGUCUGGAACAGACCAUCCUGGGUGUGCCUGGGAAUGCGGCCUUGAAUAGAGGGAGAAUGGUGAAUUGUGUGUAAAGUUCUCCCCCUCCUAGAUAACCAAAUAACACAGCAUAAGAGAAAGGGCGCAGCCAAAAAAGAGAACAGCCCGCCCUUGAUUGACCUUUAAAUCUGUCUCUUUGUCAACUGAUGAGUUCAAUCAAUUAUUGUAAACUUUGUUCUUUAGCCGUUGUUAUACCCUCUUAAGGUUUUAUGGGGGCCUCACAGCCCACAUUGACAGUUUUACAUAUGAACGUGAUGAAUAUCGUUGCAGAAUCGCAUACCUGCAUGAAGGUUUAGAGCCCAAGGUUGUGCAUCGAGAUGUCAAGUCUAGCAACAUACUCUUGGAUAACAAGUGGAAUCCGAAAGUUUCCGACUUUGGGCUGGCCAAGCUCUUGGGAUCAGGAUCAAGCUAUGUGACCACACGAGUGAUGGGGACAUUUGGGUAUGCUCUCACCGACCCGCUUUUCUUUAAUCUCUUCCUUCUCCGAAUAAAUCUGGACAGGAAGCACUGGGCAUGGUCUCUUGAUCGAUGGGUAAUUCUUCUCCAACUUUGGUGCAGGUAUGUUGCCCCCGAGUACGCUAGCACUGGUAUGCUCAAUGAGGGGAGUGAUGUGUACAGUUUUGGAGUUCUUCUCAUGGAAAUCAUUUCUGGGAGGAGCCCAGUUGACUACAGUAGGCCUCCUGGAGAGGUAACCCAGUUCCUUCAUUCCAAUGAGUCUGUGUAAUGCUCUCUGCAGUGAUCAUCAAACCCUUCUGAUGGCUCUUCAGGUAAACCUCGUAGAAUGGUUCAAGGGUAUGGUGGGAAGCCGACGAGCAGAGGAAUUGGUGGACCCACUGAUGGAAGUGCAGCCCUCGCCAAGAGCACUGAAGAGGGUCAUCCUGGUAUGCCUCCGCUGCGUAGAUGCCGAUGCCCAGAAGCGCCCAAAGAUGGGCCAAAUUGUACACAUGCUCGAAGGAGACGAGUUCCCUUUUCGAACAGUAGGCCGAUAAAACCAUAUUAUUUGAUUUAAUAUUUCCUAGAUUCUGGAUGCCACCUUGGCUGAUAUUCUGUCCUACAGGAGCGCAGGUUCAUCCAGGGCACUGAUAACAAAAGUCCUCAAGCGGUGACCACGGGGACGAUCAGCAGGAGCCCUUUUGAGAAGGUUGCAGGCGGCACCGAGAAAGAUCGUUCGAUCUGGAGGUGA